UUGCUCUAGUGCAAGAAAGUUCCACGGCCACCUCGUAGAUGUCGCCAAGAGUCGUAAGUUAUCACAAGUACUCAUCAUAAGCAAACACAAGCGCGUGAACCAGGCUUUAGUUUGUUCAAAUUGUUGCAGAGUCUUGGGACCAUUUUCACGGCGACGGCCACCGUUUGCAAAGUUUCGUGGCGGACCCCACGUGCGUUCCCCGCACGUAUGGCUCUCUUAAUUUGGCGGGGAUUCGGUGCAUCGCAAGCGAUUGCCAUAGAGUUAUUCCCGUUUCAUUGUUCCCAUUCCAUUCCAUAGCUCCCGAGGCGUCGGCUUGGGGCGCCAGUCGCCGUUCCGCGACCCCGAGGAGUGUCAGCUCGAGGUUGUCGGGGGAACGACCCCGGCAGGUGGAACGGGAACCAUCUCCGGAGUCUUCCAUGGACGACGAGGGACCCCCGGUGUCUGCGUCCAGCGUCCAGCGCCGUUCCGCAGGGGCCGAACCCACGCCAGAAAGACGUCCGCCAACCCCGGCACCGGAGCCUUCAACUUCAAAGGGACCCGGCGGGAGGCAAGAGUCUACCUCUCCCAGGAGGGGCAAUCGGAGGUCGAAGCAUCGCACUCCACCCUGGCUCAGGGACAUCCGUCGCCUCCAGAGGACCACGCGGCCCCUCAUUCCGCGGCUGUCAUUUGCGCGGGUGGUGAGGGAGAUACUGCAGGGUUUGGCCCCCAGUCACUCCGACCGCUACUACAUGCAGAGGCUCGCCUUGCCGGUGCUACAGGACGCGUCGGAGCAGUUCGUGACUAACUUCCUGUCUGCGAGUUACCUGUGUUCCCUCCACGCCAAGAGACAGACCCUGAGGAGGGAGGACAUAAUUUCCCUCCAAAACCUCCUCAAGACCUUUGGCGGGAGCCUCGCCCCGGCCUUCUGAAGCCGCCCGGUUCCUUCAUACGCCGAGAGUGCUGUGUACAUAGCUU